UAGAUAUAGAUAUAGAUAGUGAUGGUGUAAACCUGUGACGUAAUAGUGUCCGCGUGAAGGUAAGGGGUUGAACGAAACAGCAGCGGCGGGCGAGCUGAGUGUUUAAUAAUAAGACUUGUGUGUGUGAGUGUGUGUAUGUGGGUUUCGACCAAUUAAACAACAAAAAUAAUAAUAAUAGAGAAGAGAAAAGAAAAGAAGAAACCCUAAUAAACCUAGAUAUGAAAAAUCCCCCAAUUGUAAUUUGAGAAAAAAAGGAAAAAGAGAAGAAAAGAAAGGGAAUGGGGGAGAGCUCAGAUGCAGAAGGAGGAGGAGGGGGGAUGGUUGAUUGCGGUGUUGGAACAAUAGUGUGGGUAAGAAGGCGGAACGGGUCAUGGUGGCCGGGUAAGAUACUCGGGCCCCAACACCUCUCUUCUUCUCAUCUCAUGUCUCCCAGAUCUGGUACUCCUGUCAAGCUUCUUGGAAGGGAAGAUGCAAGCGUUGAUUGGUACAACUUGGAGAAGUCCAAGCGUGUUAAACCCUUUCGCUGUGGUGAGUUUGAUGACUGCAUCGAGAGGGCCGAAGCUUCCCAGGGCAUGCCUCCUAAGAAAAGAGAAAAGUAUGCACGUCGCGAAGAUGCUAUUCUUCAUGCCCUUCACCUAGAGAAACAACUCCAUAACAACAUUAAUCCUUCCCCGACUGACAACAACAUUCCUCCUCCUUCAACUGCUUCUAGUCAUCAUCCUCAUCAACUUCAGAUUAACAACAACAAUAAUAUACAUGAUGAUGAUAAUGAUGAUGAUGAUGAUCAUGAUGAUGAUGACGACUGCGAUGACAAUGAUGAUGAUGAUGAUGAUGUUACAACCCCCCCUACCACAUUCACACAUCUUCCUUCUCCUAUUCCUUUCCCCACUAAUCCUUCUUCUUCAACACCACAAUCUACCAUUCCUAUCCCAGUUACUACUAACUCCUUACAUAAAAGGAAAAGGUCACUUGAGGAGGAGGAGGAGGACGACGACGAGAAUUUGAUGAUUAAUAAGAGGCGUGAUAGGCGCCUCCCUCUUGUUCAGCUACUCAACAGUAGUCCUCAAUUAUCCACUUUGCGGUUACAGGGUGUUGAUGACUCUGUAUGGGAGGGGCAGACGCAAGUUGCCAAUGAUCCACUCAUCGGAGGGGUAACUUCAGCUGACAGCUUUGAUUAUGCCCAAUCUUUCCCCGACCAGCUGCAAAUUUCAACACCCAAGUUUGAAAAAAGAGUUAUUGACUCCUUCCAUGCUGGCUCAAGUGAAGACAACACUACUGGAUCUAAUGAAGACACUGAAACCGAUUCUUCAGGAACCGAGUCUCUGUUAUCAGACACGUACAUGGCUGCACUUUCAGAUGAAGGUGAGCAUAUUGAAUUCAUACCGAAGGUAUUUCGAAGAUCCGAAGUGCAAGGUGAGCAUGAGAGCAUGAGCGAUGACUCGGGACUUCCUGAUGACAGUGGUGAUUCCUUGCCAACAAGUGUGACAGUCUCAAAGUGGCAACUGAAAGGAAAAAGGAAUAGUCGCAGGUACCCUGAGAGAAAGGUCUCCAUGAGCGCUAACCAUUGGAUGAGUUUCAAAGAAGAAGAGACUUAUGAUGCCAAUUCUUCUGACAAGAAUUUAGGAAGCCAAAUGAUGGGAUAUAGGCCCAGAGGCUUAGAAAGCAUCAGUUGGGAGGACACGACACCUUUGCAAGGAUACUGGGAGCAGUCAAUUGAGUACCAUGAUCCUGUAUAUUUCAGUCAUCAAUUUGGUGGCAGGAUGAACUCGACGUUGAUUGAUGUUGACUUACAAGUUCAAUCAAGUUACCAGAGAGAACAUGUCCCCAUGAUUUCCCUCAUGAGCAAGUUGAAUGACAAGGCAAUAGUAGGUCACCCUAUCCCAGUAGAAAUUCUAGAAGACGGUAUAUCUGAUAUCAUCCUUUCUGCAGCUGUUGAGUUCCAAAUGGAAUCAGCAACACUACAACCAUGGAGGACUGCUAGAAGGACCGCUAAGUGUAGAGUUCCACGACCACCUCAUUUAUCUACACUGGAUGAAGUGGAAGAAGCCUUUGAGUAUGUAGAUGAAAGUACAGGGAGUGUGAAUCGCAAGGGAAGCAUGUCAAGAAAACCCCUGAAAAAGGCGCAACGGAAGGCCAGUUUAUCUUACAAUCAAAAAAUUAGAACACUAUCUUCGAUAGGUGGGAGCCAGCAGCAACGGGGUAAGGAUUUGAAAGCAGAGUGUUUUGUAGGUAAAGGGGUCAUGAAACCAGAGUCAUUGCCCCCAGCAGUUGCUUGUAUCCCAGUUAAAUUAGUGUUUAGUAGGUUACAUGAGGAGUUGGUUGCGCGCCAUCAAUAAACACAUCUCAUUACGCAGUAGCUACAUGUAAAUUGUAUGUCAAAAUAAUUGAUUAUAUGCUUCCAUUUGUUUUUAUUUCUUUUUCAUUUUUGUAGUGUAGUGGGUUUUCAUGUUUUUGGGAGGGCUUGGAAAGGGUAAAAUUGUAAAGACAAUGGAUAAUGUUCAUCAUAUGCAGUGUAGACUGUAGAGUAGAUGAUUAUAAUUCAACACAUUGUAUUUUGAUCUUGCCUUUGUGAA